AUUCAGCGAUACUGCAACACUGAUACUGAACAGUUCUCAAUUGGACACAAACCAAGGUGUAACGAAAAUGCAGGGUCACUUCUCUGUGUUCAUCAUAUUUUUAGUAGUCGCACUCUCUAUUCUUCACUCAAGUGAGGCAUUGAGAUGUCACUAUCAACAUUGUAAUGCUUGGACGAAGAGUUGUACAGAGGAACCUCCAGUCAAAGAGGUAGAAUGUCUUCCAAGCCAAACGAUGUGUGUCAAAUAUACACUCAAAUCGUAUACCGGUAUAGGACGUGGGUGCUAUUGGUCCGGCUUCUGUGAAAGUAUUAAAAUUAUAGGGUACGAAACUUGUAAUGAAUGCGACUCAAAUUUGUGUAAUGCUUCCGCUCAGAAUGCAGUAUCAAUCAUCGCAAUGAUAACCUCAGGAUUGAUUACGUUGUUGUGGACAAUAAAAUAUGGUCAAUAAUUCUUAUAGAUUAUUUAAUUUUGUAACUUCUUAUAUCAUAAUUUGUUAACAUUGCUAUUAAAACAUGUGUAUUUCUGUUUUCAUAACCAGUAAAGUUUUUUUAGCUGAAUCUUACUUUAAUCUGUAUAAAUUAUUACAUUGGAUGUACAAAAAAUUGAGAAAAUUUUAUUAAAUAUAUUAUUUAAUAUAA